AUGGCUAACGAACGAGUUUUGCUCCUGGACACCACCCUCCGCGACGGCGAGCAGUCGGCGGGCAUCGGGAUGACCGGGGCCGAAAAGAUGGAGAUUGCCCGGCAGCUUCAGAAGAUGAACGUGGACAUCAUAGAGGCCGGCUUCGCCGCCAGCUCCCCCGGCGAUUUCGAGGCAGUGUCCAACAUCGCCAAAGAGGUCAAGGGCCCGAUCAUCGCAUCCCUGGCCAGGGCCCAUCCCAACGACGUCGACCAGGCCUGGCGCGCAGUGGAGCAUUCCGAAAGGCCCCGCAUCCACGUGUUCCUCUCCUCUUCGGAGAUUCACCAGAUGCACCAGCUACGCAAGAAUCGGGAAGAGGUCAUGGAAAUGGCCGUCACCAUGGUGGAGCGGGCCAAGGGCUACUGCGAGGAUGUCGAGUUCUCACCCAUGGACGCCACGCGCACCAACCCGGAGUACCUGUACCAGAUGCUGACUGAGGUCAUCCGGGCCGGAGCGACCACGAUCAACAUCGCUGACACCGUAGGCUACGCCAUUCCGUCGGCCACUGGCUUUGCACGGUUGCUCCAGGACAUCAAGACCAACGUGCCGGGCAUCGAAAAUGUGGUGAUGAGUGUUCACUGCCACAACGACCUGGGCUUGGCCGUCGCCAACAGCCUGACCGCCGUUGAGUCCGGCGCCCGGCAGCUUGAGGGCUGCAUCAAUGGCAUCGGCGAGCGCGCCGGAAACGCCUCUCUGGAAGAGAUCAUCAUGGCCCUGGAUACCCGGAAGGACCACUUCGGGGUGGACAUCGGCAUAGAUACCACCCAGAUUUACCCGUCCAGCCGCAUGGUCAGCCGCAUCUCCGGUAUGGCGGUGCAGGCUCAACAAGGCAGUGGUCGGAGAGAACGCCUUCCGCCACGCAUCGGGCAUCCACCAGGACGCCUGAACCGCGAGGAGGUCUCCCGGAUCUUCGAAUCGUUCAAGGUGUUGGCAGACCGCAAGCGCGAGGUCACCGACCGCGAUCUGGAAAUCCUGAUGGACGAGGAAUCGCGUGAGGCCAGCGAGCCCAUAAGCUAUACCCUCGAGCAGGUGCAGUUCAGCGGCGGCGACCACGGCAUUGCCACGGCCACCGUGCGGCUGAUCGACCCCGAGGGUGUCCCAAUCACCGACGCCGCCACCGGCAACGGCCCGGUCAACGCCAUCUGCAACGCUGUGGACCGCGCCAUCGGCGUCGUCAACAAGCUAGUGGAUUUCAAUGUGCAGUCGGCGACCGAGGGCGUUGACUCGCUGGGCACGGUCACCAUCCGCAUCGAAAAGGACGGCAAGACCUACACCGGUCGCGGUGCCGACACGGACAUAGUGGUGGCCAGCGCAAAGGCCUAUCUCAGCGCAGUCAACCGCCAACUCGCCUCGGACGAGUCCGCCAACGUCCCCGCCCUGGGGUCAACGCCGGACUAA